UUUGUUGUUUCUUUUUUGUUUCUUUUUUUUUUUUUUAACCAGUCUGUCGUUAAACCACUUUUUGGCUGUUCACAGCCAUUAUUCUUUCUUUUUUACCCUUUCUUGAUAGACUACGCCUUUCCGGCCUAUACGCUCAUUCUACGCCGAUUGACUACUGCUUGAAAUCCCUCGUUACAAAAUGCGUUCGAACAACCUUCUCAUGCUCGCCGGUAUGGCGAGCACGGCUCUCGCCUUGCCAACCGACAUGGCCAUGGACCGUCGUACCGUUGGCCUCGAUAUCGACAUCGAUGUUAGCCUGAACUUGGGUGGUUUGCUCAGCGGCCUCCUUGGCGGUGGCCAGGACCAGAGCCCCGCUAAGAUCCUCGACGGCAUCCACGCGAACGCCGCUGCGGCCCUCCAGGCUGGUGCAUUGGGUGUUAAGGCUGGUUCCGUUCACGCCAAGGCUCGCAAGGAGCUUGCCGCUUGGUUGCGCGCUGAUGUUGGCGUUCACCUCGAUGCCUCCCUCCGCUCUCCCCUCCUCAAGUGGGCUACUGGUGGUGAUGGCGACAUCCUCGAUGUCGACGUCUCUGCUGGUCUCUCCAUUCUGAGCCCUCACGCCGCUGACGUUGCUGCCAAGGGUGGCCUCGUUGUUACCCUUGACGGUAUCCUUGGUGCCGCCGACAUUGAGGCCCAGGUUGUCUUGAGCGCCUCGCUCCAGGACAAGCUUGCUGCUUUCCUCAAGGGCUCCGGUGCUGCCCACCUUGGUGCUGACAUCAAGGCUGGUCUCCACCUUGCUGCUGGUGGCGGUCUCGUCAGCAGCAUGAACGCCGACGUCAAGGCUGCUCUCCAGGCCUACCUCAACGGCCCCAAGGUCACCCUUGGUGCCUCCAUCAAGGUUGCUCUCCUCGCUUGGUUGGAGGGCAAGUCUGCUGACGGUGUUGUUGCUCUCGGCAACGUCCCCGCUGGCGGUCUCACCACCAUCUCCGUUGGUGCUGAUAUCGGUGCCCGUAUUGGCGCUGACGGUCUCGCUACCGACGCCGCUAAGGCUGGUCUCGGUGCCUUCCUCAAGGCCGACAUUGCUGCCAACCUCGACGCUGACAUCAAGGCCGCCCUUGAGCUCAUUGUCAACGGCAAGGCCUCUUCUGCUCUCGACACUAAGGCUCGCACUGCUCUGGUUAAGUGGCUCUCUGGUUCCGACAUCUCUCUCGGUGUUGAGCUCCAGGCCGUUGUUCUGCUCUGGUUGUCCAUUGGUGUCGACGUUGACAUUAGCGUCAACCUUGGCGGUGGCCUAAUCGGAAACCUGCUCACCUUCGUCCUCAACACUGUCACUGAGCUCCUCUCGAGCAUCCUGGGCGGUGUUCUCUCCAUCCUCACCGGUGGUGAGAGCCUGCUCUCGCUGUCUCUUGACGCUCGUGCUCAGUUGGCUGCUGUCAUCGCUGGUGCUGUCGACAUUGAUAUCACCACUGACAUCCGCCUGACCCUCCUCGGAUGGUUGACCGGUGUUGACCUCAACGGCUCUAUCGUCAUUGGCUCCAUCUCUGGCUCCAGCUCGUCUGCUUCUCCCUCCGGCACUCCUUCCUCUGGCAACAACGUUCCUCUGUCGCCCUCCAGCGCCGCCGCCUCUCCCUCUGGCUCCCCUACCCCCAGCGGUGAGAGCCCCGUCAACGGCACUCCUUCCGGCUCUGCCCCCGGUGCUUCUUCCACCCCCUGCGACACCUUGACCUCUGAGGGCGUUGUUCCCAUUGCCACCAACUCCGAGGGUGUUCCUUCGUCGAGCGUCGCCCCUGUCUCGUCUGGUGCUGCUUCCUCUACCCCCUGCGACACCUUGACCUCUGAGAGCGUUGUUCCCGUUGCCACCAACUCCGAGGAUGUUCCUUCGUCCUCGUCGGUCCCGGUCCAGGUUCCUUCUAGCCCUGCCCCUCGUCCCUCGAGCUCGACCCCUGCCUCUGGCACCGUCAACGUGAUCCCCACUCCUUCCAGCGUCGCUCCUGUCUCCUCUGGUGCUUCGUCCACUCCUUGUGACACCCUCACCUCGGAGAGCGUUAUCCCUGUCGCUACCAGCUCUGAGCAGACUCCUCAGCCUUCCGUCCCUGCCCAGCAGCCCUCGAGCCCGGCCCCUGCUCCCUCGAGCAGCACCGUCCCGGUCAUCCCCGUCCCCUCGAGCGCCGCUGCUGAGUCCUCCAGCGCUCCCUCUUCCACCCCUUGCGACACUCUCACCUCCGAGACUGUGAUCCCCGUUGGCACCUCCUCCGAGGAGCAAACCACCCUUGUCCAGGCCACUGGCACUGGCUCCACCGUCGACGUUGUUGUCCCCACCACGACCCCGGCUGUCCGUCCCUCGAGCCCCGCUCCCCAGCCCUCGGCUGGCCCCAGCACCGUCCCGGUCGUCCCUGUGCCUGCCUCGAGCCCCGCCUCGUCGACCCCCUGCGACACCCUCACCUCCGAGUCCGUGAUCCCCAUCGCUACUAGCUCCGAGACCCAGUCUGUUCCCGUGCAGACUCCCUCGUCGGUGCCCGCUCAGCAGCCCUCCGUCCAGCCCUCUGCUCAGCCUUCCGUCCCCGCUCAGCAGCCCUCCCCCGCUGCUAGCAGCACCCCCUGCGACACCAUCACCUCGGAGUCCGUGAUCCCCGUCGCCACCAGCUCCGAGACCCCUGAGGCCGUCGAGCCCACCCAGGCCCCCAGCCCCUCCACCACCUCCGUCGAUGUUCCCCAGACUCCCGCCGCUGCUUCGUCCACUCCCUGUGAUACCCUCACCUCGGAGUCCGUGAUCCCCAUCGCCACCAGCUCUGAGACCCCCGCCCCUCUGAGCACCCCCGCCUCCUGCGCUAGUUGCGCUCCCCGUGUGGUCACCGUCACCACCACCGUGAGCGUCCCUGUCUGCACUCCUACUGCUUAAGCGGUUCGAGUAGUUAGACUACAAACUACCUAACGUGGGAUUUAUUUUCUCUUUUGAAUAUUUCUUUUUGAAGCUUCUUUUUUCUGGCGAAUUUCUCAAGAACGGACACGAACGAACUUACAGCACAAACGGCAGAAGAAAUAACCUGGUGAACUAUCUUUUGUUGUGGUUUUUGGCCUGUACAUAACUAAUUUUAAUUCUAUAAUCCUCGGACAGCUCGUGCCCUACUUUGGUCUUCCGUUUAAGUUGUAUACACUUUCCUGUCAAUUGUUCAAGUGUCUACAAGAGUAGGGCAUUAUGUGUACAUAACCAAUAGUUCACCGCGUCUUGUCUUUUUCUUGAGAUUGGUCCGGAGGAAAGAAUUAUGUUUUUUUUU